CAGCAAACUAUCUUUCCAAUUUCCCAAAGGCUUUCCUUUCUUUCAACCAUCAGCCCUAGUAGCAGCAGUAUCUCUACAAUUCAAUAGUAGCCAACAUCAGAAUCAUCAGUUCAUCACUCAGUCUCUCUUUCGUCUUGAGUCCCAAUUUCAAUUUGACAAGAAAUCCGUUAGCGGAUUCUCCACAAUCGGCUGCGACUCAGCUUCUGAUCCUAUUGCUGGAAAUGGACGCUCUUCUCCCCAUCGUACUUCUCUCGGUGCUUCUCGGAGCUCUCAUCGCUUUCUUCUUCUUUAAAAGCUACUCCCUCAAACGCAAAUCUGAAAUCGGAACCUUUGCUAAACCCGAGCUUCAUUCCGAUCCCGCUAAGAAGCCCGCCAGGGCUCCCCAGUCCAAGAAAUCUCAUUCUAAACCCCACUCCCAUUCUCAUGUAUCUGAUAAGGAUCAAAACAAGCGGCAUCAUCCUUUGGAUUUGAAUACGCUGAAAGGCCAUGGAGAUUCUGUCACCGGGUUGUGUUUCUCCCCUGACGGACGCCACCUGGCCACUGCAUGCACAGAUGGGUCGGCUCGGGUAUUCAAGUUGGAUGAUGCUUCAAGUAAGAGUCAGAAGUUUCUGCGAAUCAAUUUACCGCCUGGUGGUCAGCCUGCUGCAAUAGUAUUCGCGGGUGAUUCUUCCUCUGUGGUGGUUGCAUCCCAUGCUAUGAGUGGUUCAUCUCUAUAUAUGUAUGGAGAAGAAAAGGCCAAGCCUUCAAAUGACUCUAAGCAGCAACCCAAGCUUCCCCUUCCUGAGAUCAAGUGGAAACAUAACAACAUUCAUGGUCCAAGAGCUGUAGUGACCCUUGUUGAAACGGCUUCGACUUAUGGCAGUGGUGAUGGAAGUACGAUUGUUGCAUCUUGUUCUGAAGGCACAGAUAUUAAACUUUGGCAUGGGAAAACAGGAAAGCUUCUUGGUGAGGUUGAUACAAACCAGCUUAAGAACACCAUGGCUACUAUAUCACCAAAUGGACGUUUUAUUGCAGCUGCAGCUUUUACUGCUGAUGUGAAGGUUUGGGAGAUCAUCUACGCAAGGGAUGGCUCUGUCAAGGAAGUAACAAAUGCCAUGCAGCUUAAAGGGCACAAGAGUGCAGUGACUUGGCUAUGUUUUUGUCCCAGCUCAGAGAAAAUAAUCACAGCAUCAAAAGAUGGUUCGAUUAGAAUUUGGAACAUCAAUGUUCGGUAUCAUAUGGAUGAGGAUCCAAAGGUCCUAAAGGUGUUCCCAAUCACAACCCUCGACUCAAACGGUGCUACUGUCCAGUAUAGGCACUUAAAUAUCUCCCCAGAUGGCAAGAUACUUGCAGCGACGCAUGGUCCAACAUUGCAGUGGUUAUCCGUUGAAACUGGAGAGGUUUUGGACACAGCUGAAAAAGCCCAUGAUGGUGAUAUCACUUGGACGGCAUGGUCGCCCAAGCCUGUUCCAGUUGGUGACAGACACACGUUGGUGUUGGCAACGGCCAGUUUGGACAAGAAAGUGAAGUUGUGGGGAGUUCCAUCAUCAUCAAAUUAGUGUCCCUAGAGACGGUUUAAUGGUCUGUCCACUGAUCUAGCACUGGAGGGAGCAAAGCUUAGAGGCCUGACUGAUGGCAGCUGUUGUCUUCUGCUUCAGCAGUUUUGAACUGAGAAUUAGUUCUCUUCCGGUUGAGAUAGUUGAAGUGUUCUUUUUCUGGAUUGCCAAGCAUCAUUCUAAAAUUGCAAAUUGCUAAAUCUGAAGGGUCGUUCGGAUGGAUCAAUUGUAAAAUGAGAUAAUUUGGCCAAUUGUCUCAUUUUGGGCCAUUCUUCUUUCUUCUCAGCAACGCUGACUCGAAAUCCAACUUCGGCAACAACUUCUAACACUCUUUACUGCUGGAUGUUGGAGUUUAGACCUGGAAGUCCGAUACAGAGUUUGGAAAUGAGAAGUUUGUGUUGAGUAGAAUUUGUAUUCAAACGAAGAGCAUGCUCAUAGAUUUGGGAUUUGAGAAAAAUACUAGAGGUUUCCUUACCGCCAACUAUGAAAGUUGAAACCAUACUUAAGGGAAUACCAUACCAUAACUGAUGACUCGAUAUUUACACAUGUU